ACUUCUUGUAGGAGGAAUGGGAAUGCUUCAGCCUUGCUGAUGGGGCUUUCUGCAGAGAUCUGUUGGAGAAUUACAGCAGUCUGGAUUCUGAGGGUCUCACAUUGCUCGGUCUGUCCUGCCCCCCAUGAAGCAGAAAAAAGAACCCUGGAUGGUGAAAGGAAAGGAGCCAUUAGCAAAGGAUCUAGCAAGAAUUCCAGAUUUUGGUCAAGAAAUAGAAACUCAGAGAAGAACAACAAGAACAAUGAAUGCUUCUCUGGGAAAUGCUCCCAAGUGUCUAUUAACAUUCAGGGAUGUGGCUGUGGAUCUCUCAAAGGAGGAAUGGGAAUGUCUAGAUUGUGCUCAGAGGGCACUGUACAUGGAUGUAAUGUUGGAGAAUUACAACAAUCUAGUCUUUGUAGGUCAAAAUCAAAGAGUCCAGAAAGAACACAAAAAUACAGAGCUUGAUAAAUCUUUUGACUGUCAACAUAAACUCACCCUGAAAGGAACCAAUAGUGGAAAGAAAGCAUACCAAAGCAGGAAAGGUAGAAACUGUUUCAAGACAGACUCAAGCCUUAAGAGACAUCACAGAACUCAUACUAGACAGAAACCCUAUAAAUGUACAAAAUGUAGUAAAUCCUUUACAUGUUUGUCACAACUCAAACUACAUUGCAAAUUCCAUUGUGGAGAAAAAUCUUACACAUGUACAGACUGUUCUAAGUUCUUUUACCAGAAAUCAGAAUUUAAAAGACAUUUGCAUCAGAAAAUUUGUGCUGAAGAGAAACCUUAUGCAUCUGGUGAAUAUGAUAAAUUCUUUACCCAGAAAAUGAAUCUUAGAACUCAUCAGAGAAAUCAUACUGGACAGAAACCUUAUAAAUGUAUUGAAUGUGAUAAAUCCUUUACCACUGCCUCACAUCUUAGAACUCAUCAGAGAAUGCAUACAGGAGAGAAACCUCACAAAUGCAAUGAAUGUGAUAAGUCCUUUACUCGGAAAGACCGUCUUAGAAGACAUCAGAAAAUUCAUACAGGAGAGAAACCUUAUAAAUGCAAUGAAUGUGACAAAUCCUUUACCCUGAAAAGCAAUCUUAGAACUCAUCAGAGAAUUCAUUCAGGAGAGAAACCCUACAGAUGCAGUGAAUGUGAUGAAUCCUUUAUUCGUAAAGACCGUCUUAGAACUCAUCAGAGAAUGCAUACAGGAGAGAAACCUUACAAAUGCAAUGAAUGUGAUAAAUCCUUUAUCAAUUGCACAGAACAUAGAAUACAUCAGAGAAUGCACACAGGAGUGAAAUUUUACAGAUGUAGUGAAUGCGAUAAAUCUUUUACCCAUAGAGGUAUUUUUAAUACUCAUCAGAGAAUUCAUACAGGAGAGAGACCUUACAAAUGUAUUGAAUGUGACAAAUCUUUCAUCCGGAGAAUCCAUCUUACAUAUCAUCAGAGAAUUCAUACAGGAGAGAAACCUUACAAAUGCAGUGAAUGUGGUAAAUCUUUUAACGACAGAGGCAGUCUUAAUACUCAUCAGAGAAUGCAUACAGGAGCGAAACCUUACAAAUGUGUUGAAUGUGAGAAAUCCUUUACCACUUCCUCUCAUCUUAGAACUCAUCAGAGAAUUCAUACAGGAGAGAAGCCCUACAAGUGCAGUCAAUGUGACAAAUCCUUUACAAGUGGCACAGACCACAAAAGACAUGAGAGAAUUCAUACAGGACAAAAACCUUACAAAUGCAGUGAAUGUGAUAAAUCCUUUACACAUAGAAGCAGCCUUAGUAUACAUCAGAGAAUGCAUACAGGAGAGAAGCCUUACAAAUGUAGUGACUGUGACAAAUCUUUUACCACUGCCUCACAUCUUAGAAUUCAUCAGAGAAUUCAUACAGGAGAGAAACCUUACAAAUGUGGUGAAUGUGAGAAAUCCUUUACCCGUAGAGGCAGUCUUAGUACUCAUCAGAGAGUGCAUACAGGAAAGAAACCUUACAAAUGCAGUGAAUUUGACAAAUCUUUUCUUGAGAAAGACCAUCUUAAAACUCAUCAGAGUAUAAAUACAGGAGAGAAACCUUACAAAUGCAGUGAAUGUGGCAAAUCCUUUACCCUGAAAAGCUAUCUUAAAAUUCAUCAGAGAAUUCAUACAGGAGAGAAACCUUACAAAUGCAGUGAAUGUGACAAAUCCUUUAUUGCAAUAUUCAGUCUUACUGCUCAUCAGAAAAUUCAUAAAGGAGAAAAACCUUACAAAUGUAGUGAAUGUGACAAAUCUUUUACUCGAAAAGACCAUCUUAGAACUCAUCAGAGAAUGCAUACAGGAGAGAAACCUUACAAAUGCAGGGAAUGUGACAAAUCCUUUACCCUGAAAAGCUAUUUUAGAAUUCAUCAGAGAAUUCAUACAGGAGAGAAACCUUACAAAUGCAGUGAAUGUGACAAAUCCUUUAUCAGGACAUUCAGUCUUACUACUCAUCAGAAAAUUCAUAGAGGAGAAAAACCUUACAAAUGUAGUGAAUGUGACAAAUCCUUUACUCGGAAAGACCAUCUUAGAACUCAUCAGAGAAUGCAUACAGGAGAGAAACCUUACAAAUGCAAGGAAUGUGAUAAAUCCUUUACCCAUAUAGGCAGUUUCCAUACUCAUCAGAGAAUUCAUACAGGAGAGAAACCUUACAAAUGUAUUGAAUGUGAGAAAUCCUUUACAACUGCCUCACAUCUUAGAACUCAUCAGAGAAUUCAUACAGGAGAGAAACCUUACAAAUGCAGUGAAUGUGACAAAUCCUUUGUCAGUUGCACAGAAUGUAGAAGACAUCAGAAUUCAUACCGGAGAGAAACCUUACAAAUGCAAUGAAUGUGAUAAGUCCUUUACCACUGCCUCACAUCUUAGACUUCAUCAGAGAAUUCAUGCAGGAAGGAAACCUUAGAAAGGCAGUGAAGGUGACAAAUCCUUUAUGAAAACUACCAUAGAAUUCAUCUUAAAAUUCAUGCAGAAGAUAAACCUUACAAUGCAGCAAAUGUGACAAAUCCUUAUCUAUAAAGGCAAACUUAGAACUUAUCAGAUAAUACAUACAGGAGAGAAAUUUUACAAAUGCUGUGAAUGUGAGUUCACUUCAAAAGCUAUAUUAGAACUUAUUAGAGAAAUCAUAUAGGAGAGAAACCUUAAAAUGCACUGAAUGUGACAAAUCCUUUAGCAAGAAAGGCCAUUUGAGACCUCAGUAGAUAAUCUAUAAAAGAGAGAAACCUUACCAAUGUUGUGAAUGUGACAGAGCCUUCAUCAGUUGCUCAGACCAUAGAAAACAUCAGCAAAUCCAUACAGGAGAGAAACCCUACAUAUGAAUUGGAUGUGAAAAAUCUUUUACAUGUGCCCCCAUCUCUUAGAAGAAAUUAGAGUGUUCAUACAGAAGAGAAAAGUUACCAAUGUAUUAAAUGCAAGAAAUCUGCCACAAAAAUCAUCCUGAGAACACACCAAAGUGUUUAUACAGGUGAGAAAGUUUACCAUGACUAUAUGAGAAAAAGCCUUUACUGUCUCUCAAGUCUCAACAUAAAAUUAUGAAAGCUUUUCAGUAACAUUCAAAUCUUAGAAUAUACAUUUAUACUGAGGGAAAUUCUAAAGAUGUUGAAAUGUAGGAAAAUUUUCAUUAGAACUUUUUAUACCUAUGCAACCUUAAAUGCUUCAUAAUGAAGAUACAACACAGAAUCCUGGAGAAUAUGCUGUUAAGUAACCAUUUCCUGGUGACUGCAGGCAUGUGUGUUGUAUAGGAACUGAGUCAGAAAACCUCAAAAGGUUUUCAAGCGAUCCAUCCCUGAAACUGACAGAUUUCAGUAUGCUUAAAUCAAAUGAAGAAAUUCAAAUCCUAGUGCUUGAAAAGGUUUUGACAAAAUGAUCCACCAAGAUAGGAUGCUUUUUAUCUAGUUGAUAUGCCUACAGGUGUGCAGUGUGUUCCCAUUGUUAUGAAUGUAUAUGCUGUAUCCCAUGCUGGUUUGGAGCUUCAUGAUAAAAACUGUCUUUGAGUCCCCUCUUCUCCAGUAAGCAACUACUUGACCCUAUUUCUCAAACUAACGCUAAUAAAGCUCUUGGGUUUAACAGGG